GCAUGGAACAUUCUUGCCCAUCCGAUUUUCAGACACUUGUUGAACUUCGAACGUUGGUUACAAGUACAACUCGAGGUCGAGAGCCAGAGGAUCAGCUCGGAUAUCAUGUGUCCAAGUAGUGAGUCAUUUGCAUGCGUACGGUCUUGAUCUCGGCAGCGCCCCUGAACUCACUUCUCCACUUGCCACGCUCAGCUUCAGCCGAAGCUUUGAGGGAGCAAGGAACCCUUGUGCCGUGGAGUUGGUGUUGCGAGGUGCCACGCAAAGCAGCCCCACCACAAUCCUACUCGACGGUGUUGCUCCUGAUUCCUGAGUGACGUCCGAGUCCUUCAACAGCUUCACAUACACGUGUAGUGUAUUGACGAGCCCCUCUAUCAGUCGUCAUGUUCGACUGUGCGGGUUGUUGCCGGACACGAGAGUCAGAGCAUUAAUAACAGUCAUACUAGUAAUCAGUCACCAUGUCAGCCGACCUUUUUGCGGCGUUCGGUGAUCUAUCUCAGACGUCAACACACCAGCAACAUCAGAGCACUUCCCGUGCUGUUCCGGCCACCACCGCCCCAGCUACGAAUGAUCCCUUCUCUUUCCUGGUGUCUCCUAGUGGCUCCGUUCCACAGUCGCAAACCGGUCAGCAAUCUUCACAUCGGCCACAAUCUCUUCAGCUGACGGCUGGCCAAACAAGCUCAUGGCUCAGUUCCCCAGCCAUCGAGUCUCGGGGAAACACUGGCCUUGGAGAUGUCGGGAGCCUGGGAGGCUUGGGUAGACUACAAAGUCAUCAAAGCACGCCAUUUACUGUGUCACAAGACCGGGCGCAGGCAGAAGGUGACGAUGAUGGCUGGGGUGAAUUCGAGGUGGCUUCACCGCAGUUCCCUCCGGAACCUCCCGUCCCAAGCACCACGGCCAGCCAACCACGAGCGCGUCUCGCAAGAGCAUCUACCUUUGACAUGAUGAGCAAUAAGCUCUUGGACUUGGACCUGGAUCAACCCGCCCCGGAACCCUGGCAGCAGCGGCCAUCAUGGGAGAAAGAUACCAAGACCCAGCCAAUACCCAAACCGAUGCGCAGUUCCGAUCCAGAUGUGCUUUUUGACGCCGACUUCGAAGCAGAGAACGGCACGAACGAAGACGAAGACGAAUUCGGCGACUUUGAGUCUGGGACACCAGCUAGCACUAUUCCACAGACCAUUCCAGUGAAAUCUGCCAUGGAUCUUCUGUCCCUGGACUCAACACCAGCACCAGCACCACCCAAGAGGCAACCCCCUGGACUAGUUCUAUCAAGUGCAGCCCUUCAAGCAAACCCCGCGUCGUACCCAGCGGCGCCAAAGUCUCCUUACGGGUCUUUCCAGGAGCGAAAACCAGAGCCGAUGAAGAAACUUCAGGUCAGGCCGCCAGCCGUGACAAAGGCGAUGCAAAAAGACAACGAGGCGUCGCCUUCGCCAAUCACUGCCUGGCCGACUGUCGAGGACGAGGGAUUUGGAAACAAAUGGGAGGAGUUCAAAGAUAGUCCAACUACAACGUCGGCCCCAACAACGAACCUCAAACCGAGCUCGAAGCCGAAACAGACCCCGGUGUCGACCUCGGCGCAUGCCCCAGACUGGGAAUGGCAAGACUGGGAAAGGGGAGCGGACGACCAAUCAGCUGCUGACGACAUUACCGACGCGAUACCCUCUGUCAGCUCCUCAUCCGCCACAGUCGAGGACAAACCAGGACCCCCGCCAACCAACAUUCCCCCGCCGGCGAUCCUCCUCUCCCUCCUCCCACAACUCCUCGACCUGGCCUCAGCCUCCUUACUCAAACCGCUCCUAACGCUGGCGCCUUCCUCCCCGGCCUACCAACGCGUCCUCGGCUCCGAGUUCACCGUGAGUUUCCUCAGAGGCUAUCUCGCCCUCGCCACUGUCGCCGCCCGGCUUAUCGCAGGCCGCAAGCACCGCUGGCACCGCGACAGGUUCCUCGCGCAGGGCAUGUCCAUCUCGGCCGCCCCCGCGGGAGGCAAGGGACAGCGCGGCAUGAAGCUGGCGAGCAUCGACAAGUCGCACUCGGCGCACGACGACCGGGAGGCGGCCGAGGUGGCGGGCGUGUGGAAGGCACAGGUGGGCAGGCUAAGGGGGUUGGUGGCCGGGGUGAAUGCCGCGCAUGCGAAGGACGGGCUGAAUCUGAGAGUGCCUGAUGUCAAGGAGAGCAUGACGGUUAGUACGGCGAAAGGGGUGCCGACUGCGCCGAAGGCGUGCGUGGUCUGUGGGCUGAAGCGGGACGAGCGGGUUGCGAAGGUGGAUUUCGAGGUCGAGGAUAGCUUUGGGGAGUGGUGGGUUGACUUCUGGGGGCAUCGGGAGUGCAGGAACUUCUGGGUGAGGCAUGAGCGGGAGUUGAGGCAGCGCUAGGAGUCGCUUUUUGCUGGAGAAGGGGUUUGAGAAUGACAGGCCCGGGGGGCUUGGAGUCGGAGGGCGCUUUGCGAUAGGGCAUUCAGCGUCUGUGUGAUGAUUACAUAUGGCAUCUGUGUUAUGACCUAUGAAGAUGUAUACAAUGAGACAUCUGUUAUCAGGGCUUCUAAUACCUAGGAUGUGUUCGACAGCCCG